AUGGUAUUACUAGAAAACUCAACAGCAGCUAAAAAUUAAUAAUGCAUAUCUCAAACUAACAAGUCAUCUACUAGCAGUAAAUUCAACUUUAAUAUGAUUGACUUUAAGAUCAAAGGUGAUAUUUAAGAAAGCGUUUCUCCAAGUUCUAUAAAAUUGACUAAUUCAAAUGAUGAAGAUAUCUUAAAAUUUAAAAAGCUAGACAAAGAAAAUAAUACUUUUGACUUAAUAGGAAAUUAGAAUUUUCCUCAUUAUUCACAAAUUUAAGCUGCUACAAUGAAGAAUAAAAUAUAAGAUGUAGAAUAAGAGCUAGAAUAAAUAUCAGAAUAAAUUUUGUUAGAAGAAUAAACUUAGGAAUAUUUAAAUAGAAUGGCUUAAGAUACAUUUAAAAGUACAGAGAAGUUAAAAGCAGAAAGUAAUAGAAUGGAAUAAUAAAUUCACAGUAUUUUAACUAAGGAAUAUAAAAUCAACAACUUAAAACUAAGCUUCAAAAAGGAUUAUGAUACAGUGGAUAAAGAGUUGAAGACAGCUUAAAAUUAUGUUAAUAAGGAAAUUUAAUAUUAACAAGGUAAAGUUCAAGAGAAAGAAAUUUUAUUCUAAAGUUAAAACAAACAAAUAAAAGAAUCUGAAUAACAAAAAUGUAAAGCUAGUUAGCUUCAAAAAAUUGAAAGUUUAGAAUGUGAGAGAUAACAAAAAGAAAUAACUAAGAAAGACACAGAAUUAUUUUUAAAGAAUUUAGGAGAAAUAGAUUUAAUAUUAAAGCAUUUCAUAAAUGGAAAACCAGAGAAUUUAAAUUGGGAUUAAGUUGAUAUGGCAAAAUAGAAUUUUGAAUACUUGUUUCCUAUAGAAACUGUAAAAAAUAAUGAAACAAAUAUAGUAAGUGCUAGUCUUUAAAGGAUGAAUUUAAGGAGACCAUCAAUAAAUAUAGUAGCCAUGAGGGAAUAGAGUAGUAUUGAUUCUCAAUUAGAAAGAUAACUUUCAUCUACUUCUUCGAAAUUCUAACAAAGGGAUUCAAAUCAAAAAAAAUCUUAAUAUUUCAUACCUAUAAUUGAUGCCUCAAUUCCUAAAGUUUCGUAAAAUUAAGUAGUCGAAAAGGUUAAUUAAUUUAUGAAAUAUCAUUCCUUAACUCCUCAGUAAAUUUAAGAUAAACUAAUAAAUGCUUAUAAUUAGUUUGUUUUUUAAGAAUUAACUUUGAAAAGCAGAUUUUCUCAAUUAAUUGAAGAAAAAGAGUAGCUUUUGACAAGUAUAAAAAGUUUUAAUGAAAAAAACGAUGAUUUACUGAAAAAAGCACACUAAUUCUAGUUUCUUUAAAAAUAUGAAAAAAAAUUUUAAAGGAUUGAGCAAUCAGACUGUGAAAAAUUUGAAGAUAAUACACUUAAUGAACUUUUUUAAAAACAAGAAAAUGUCAAGAUACACUAAGUUUUGGUGAUAAAUCAGGUAUAGUCAGAAGCAAGUCAAAUAGAUAUUGAUGAAGAAUAAUAAUAAUCAACACAAAAUUACAAUUAAAAAAAUGAUGGAGAUGAAAACCUACAAGAUUAAGCAAAAGAAGUAGAAAAAUAAGGAGUAGGGAGCUAAAAUAGAGAGUAAAAAAUUAUGUUAACUUUAGAAAAAUUUUAAUAAGAAGUAAGAGACUCAGAAAAAUUUAUAAUUUCUGACAGUGAGCUUCAAAAUAUGUAUUACAUUAUAAAAAAUGAUUUUAUCUUAACUUAAGAAUUUAAAGUUGAGUUUGAUCCUAGUUCUCAAAAUAAUUUUUAAGAGUUUUAUAAUUGCUUCAUAAAUAAUAUAGACGACUUGAAAAAUGAAUCUCACAAAAAUUUCAAACUUGGUAUGCAAUUUUUGACUGAAAAUUUAUUUAUAAUUUUGUAAGAAGUAAUAGAAUAAAUACAACAAUUAAGAAAUAAAUACCUAAAAUAAAUAGAAACUAACAUUAGUACUCCUAAAAAUGAAAUGUUAAAUUCGAGUAAUUUUGUUAAUAGAUCUAAUUAAUCUUAAUCUUAGCAAGCUAGCCCUUUUAAAUAAUAAAAGUAAAAUCUAAAUGAAUCUGAGAGAAAUUAGAAUGCUUCAGCUAAUCCUUUAACCUCAAGUUUUAUGCAAAAAAAACUUUACAGAAAAAGGAUAACUAUGAUGAAAUGUAGGGAAUUCAAUGACUACUUUGGUUUCGAAGUUCAUAAAAAAUUCUCAAAUAAAGCAUAAACAAUAAUAGACGUUAUAUAUGAAACGCUUUAUGACUUUAAACACGGGAACCAAACAGAUAUUUUUGAUUAAAAUUAAGAAUUGAACUUUUUUAUAGAAAAGAGAUAGCAAACUAAAACAUUUGAAAAAGAUUUAGCAAUGUAAGCGCAAGAAGAAUAACACAAAAAAGAUUAAGAACAAAAAGAAAAAGAUAAAAACAAUAAAACUUAUUUUAUGAAAACAAAAUUUUUGGAGCAAAGCUAAAAACAAAAUUAGGAAAUCGCUUAGAUUGAAAAAACGUACUAUAAAGAAAUAAAAAAAAGUAGUAGUUUAGAUAAGACUAGAAAUAUGUAAAUGUCAGAAAAGUAAUUGAGUGAUAGAAGAAAUAAAAUAAUAAAUUAAAUGAAGUGGACUUAUUCAAAAUUCCAUACAAAAUAUAAACCUAUUCCUCUAAGCCUUUUUUAGAAGGAUAGUGAUUCUACAGCUUCUGAAAAUUAGAUAAAUAAUACCUUAAACUAUUAAAAGAAAAAAAAUGAAGACUCAAGCAAAAGUCCCUUGAUUAAAUCUUCUCAACCAGUAAGUUAGAAAAUUAAUUCUGAAUUAUUGAUUUUGAGCUAAAUUUAAAAUGUUGAAGAGAGAAAUACAAUUUUCAACGACUAAAAAAAAGAAAAGUUAUCCAUUUUUAAAACCGGUUAAAUGACUAAAAGUCAGAAUGGUAGUGCAAACACAUCACUCAAUGAUAUAUUACGUUUCACGGAAAAGGAAAUUCCUAACCAACAAAAGAAUUCAUUUGACCCUAAUAAUAAUAAUAAUCUCAAGAAAAAAUAAAAAAGUAUAUUGCUAUCAAAUGAAAAGUAAUCUUAGCUGAUAAGUAUUAACAAAAGGCAUGAGCAAGUUAGAGACAAAGAUGAUUUAAAUAUGAGCGAAAACGAAAAAACAAGUGAAAUUUCAUUAAAAGAUUCAUAUAUUCCUAUUUCUAUUACUACAUCCAAAUAUUUGAUUGAGGAAAAUAAAAACAUAAAUGAAAAAAAUUAAAAUAUUAGUUAGAAUAAUAAAAUAAAAUAAAAUUUAAAGUUGAAUUUAAAUAAAUUAAAUAACAGAGAAAAUAACCAAACAACAGAAAAUUUUAUCCACUUAAAAUAAAUGAGAAAGACAAAUAACUAUCUCAGACAUUCACUUGACAAAUUAGUUAAAAUUCCAUAACCUUUAGCUCCUAAGAUAAUCAGUAAACCUUAAACAGAUAGAAACAGUAGUAAAAUUAAAAAUAGCUCUACAAACACUCAAGACACUAGCAUAUUUAAAUUAAAUCCAAUUAGCUUUUAUGGUUUUUUAACUGAGAGAUAACCCUUUAAUAAUAUCAACAAUAUAUAUGGGAUUUAAAAUUUCAGCGAAAAUAGUGAACUCAGUUUAAGUUGUUAAGUCUCUUAAAAUCUGAGGUAGACUUACCUCAACUGUAGAUAGUUCAAAUCAAUAAAUAUCGAAAACCCCUUACAAAUAUAUAAAAUAUCAAAUAAUUUAUAUAAUUCUAAUUGUUUUAAUUGA